GUGCGUUCAGAUCUUAGACGAGGAAAGAGAGUGAACUCGUAACGCGCAUUCACAGACCGGCGCAGUAAGUGUGCCCAAUUAUUGAAGAGACGCCAUUAUUUGGGUCCUAUUCUUGAAACCGACUCCAAGCCUUUUUUUCUGUGUUUCUGUGCUAUUGUGUAUUAAAGACUGCGACUUUUUUAUUCAAUAAGAAUGGUGUUGUGCUCGGCUUUUGGUUGCAAAAAUCGCAGUGAGAAUAAAGUGCCAGGAAUAACCUUUCACAGGUUUCGUCUUAAAGAUCCAACAAGAAAUGGUAUCUGGCUGAAGAAUAUGCAUCUAGCUGACUGGUUUCCCACAAAAAAUAGUAGGAUCUGUUCAAAGCAUUUUGAAAUCCAUGCUUUUUACAAAGUUGGAAACAGAACCUCUCUUUUGGAUGAUGCAGUCCCUACAAUCUUUGAAGAACUUCCAAAACACCUACAGACUAAGGUAACAAAGAGACCACAUCCAAGAUCUAGACAGCUUAUUAUACCUACAGCUUCGACAUCUAGGAAAAAUGAUCCUCCCCAAGAAGAUCCAGACACCCCCAGAAAGAAGCAUCCUAGAAGACAGCUUUUUGCAGAAAGGGUAAAGAGCCAAGAGAAAUCGAGAGAAAUAAAAGUUUUGAAUCAGCGGGUGAGAAGACUGAAAAGACAUAUUGUUUCUCUCAAACAAGUAGUGAAAGCCUUAAAACAAAAUAAUUUGGUAUCUUCUGAAAGCUCAGUUCUGCUUCAAAACAUGCCAGAAAUUACGAAAUAAUUACAAAAGCGUAAGUUGGGAAAAAAGCAUCAGUAUUCUCCAGAACUGCGAAAGUUUGCAAUUACUUUGUGUUUUUUCUCCCCAAGCGGAUAUGAUUAUGUAC